AUGUCUUCCCCAAAAGAAUAUCCCGCGCUGCCUCGCGAAAGCACCUUGUCACAGCUCCCGCCGGAAUACCCCGCAGACGCCCAGGAACAGAUCGUACAGCUCCUCUCGACAUCUUCAUUGAAUCGUUUGGUUGUGCUAGACGAUGAUCCUACAGGCACCCAAACUUGUCAUGAUAUUCCUGUGCUCACUGUCUGGGACGUCCCGACGCUGGUGAAGGAAUUUCAACAAGAUUCCCCGGGGUUCUUCAUUCUCACCAACUCACGCGCUCUUCCCCCACUUGAAGCGGAGAAGCUCAUCCGCGGCAUCUGCGAAAACGUCUUGCAGGCAGCCAGAUCUACGUCUCAGACUGUCGACAUCGUCCUUCGAGGCGACAGUACAUUGCGCGGCCACUUCCCACUAGAAGCAGACGUCGCGCAGUCCGUGUUCGGCCCCGCAGAUGCAUGGGUGCUGGCCCCCUUCUUCUUCCAGGGCGGACGAUUCACCAUCAACGACGUACACUAUGUAGCCGAGGGGGAGACAUUGGUGCCAGCGGGAUUGACACAAUUCGCCAAGGAUGCAACCUUUGGGUACAAAAGCUCGAAUCUGAAAGACUAUGUCAUGGAGAAAGCGCCAGGGCGGUUCGCCCCCGAGCAGCUGCACUCGAUCACAAUCGAGGAUAUUCGAAAGGGCGGGCCCCAGGCCGUAUACGAGAAGCUCAUGAGCUUCCCCAAGGGCGGCGUCGUCAUCGUCAACGCCGCAGCGGAGUCAGACAUGCACGUUUUUGUCGCCGGUUUGCUCCUGGCCGAAGCCAAAGGCAAACACUUCCUCUACCGCACCGGCGCAGCCUUCGUCUCCUCCCGGCUAGGAAUCCGCUCCAUCCCACCCAUCACAGCCCACCAACUGGCCCUCCCCUCCCCGCGGGAAACAGGCGGCCUCAUCCUCGCCGGCUCCUACGUCCCCAAGACAACCGCCCAGCUCAAAGUCCUGACCGACACCCGCGGCGCAACCGGCGCCCUGGCCAUCAUCGAAAUGGACGUCGCGGAUCUGAUCGCCUCCCCCGAUAGCGCGGAGAGCGUGAUCCGCCGAGUCGUCCAGCAGACAGAGACGCACCUGCAGUCCGGCACGGAUACGCUGGUCAUGACGAGUCGGAAGCUGAUAACGGGGCAGGAUGAGCUCUCCUCGCUGGCUAUCGGGGCGAGGGUCGCUGAGGCGCUGGUUAAGGUUCUGCAGCAGAUCCAGGUGCGGCCGAGAUAUAUUAUUGCAAAGGGCGGAAUCACCUCGUCCGACGCUGCUACCAAGGGGCUUAAUAUCAAGCGGGCUAUGAUUGUUGGUCAGGCUGCGCCCGGUGUGCCGCUCUGGAGAUGUGACGAGCCGACGUCCAGGCAUCAGGGUGUCCCGUUUGUGGUUUUCCCGGGCAAUGUGGGUGGGGAGUCGACUCUGUGUGAGCUGGUGGAAGCAUGGAGCUGA